UCAUAAAGCAAGCUUUUUGGCGCUCGUCGGGACGCCAAUCGUCGUCUACUUUUGUCCUUCGCCUUUGUGCUAGAGGCUCAUCGUCGCUUUUCCCUCGCAGCUACACCAUCAUUCCCGGUUACAUUUCAUCCACACGACAGCGUCGACAUGGCUGUGAAGUUGCGAGCAUUAUUCAUGCUUGCCGCCACUUUGCAAAUGGUAGCGAGCGCUCCUAGUGGCUCACCGACGAGCAACGAAAGCAGUACUCCUCGCCUUUUAUUUCCCAUUGACGGAUCUGAGAGCGGAAAGACUUCGCCCCACUCGCCCGUUCAUUCAUGGCCAACACGCCCGAAUACGCCACCUAGUCCUGAUUACAAGAACGAUCCAAAGUUCAACCUCAUGCUUCAAGGCAGUGACAGCGACAGAGAGCACUGGUCUGACGAGGAACAGCGCCAGGCGCACGCCAAACAGAUUCGCGGCGAAAGCCUUGCCGGUCCGCUCUCUCCGACCUCUGCUAGCAAGGCGCGCAACUCGAUCAUGGCCCUGCACUUGGCUAAAGAUCCAGAGCAUGCGCAUGAGCGUGCAAUGCGCGAAUACGCUGCCUUGGAUGACGCCGAAAAAGGGCGGAGGCUGGAGAGUUGGCUUGCACAAAGCGACUGCCCACAGGCAGCCGGGCUUCCAGUUGGGUCCCUUGCCCCACAAACCAGGAUCAUUGGAGUACUGGCAAGAGCAGAACAAAGAUCUAGCUCCGGGCCAGAAGCCAAUUGGCACUUGGACCCAUACGCACCUGCAACGAGAUCGGAAUUUCACUCCCGAGGAGAGAGCUGCAUACGUCCCUCCCCCGCGCUCGCCAGGCUAUGAGCGCUUCCAGGAAGAGCUUGAUCAGCGAUUCGACGCGAGGAUCGCUGCCGGUCGUAGCAGCUCCUCUUCAAGCCAAAGCCAUCGUGGCUCCGACAGCCCUCCGCUUCCUGAAGAGGUCGAUGAAGCAAGACCGAAAGGCUGCUGCGGAUGGGUAAAGAAACUAUUGAGUCGUCCUUGAGCACAAACAAAGAAGAAAACCCCAUUCCUUGAGCCCAAAGUUCGGCAAUGAGAGGUCUAUGUUUGCGCUGAGCCUCGAGGCCACGCGAGCUUUGUCACGAGAUGAGGCGGAGUGCAGAGACUUCUUUGCAUACAUCCACUAUGACUGCGGUGUUCUUGACGCUGUUAACUUGAAUUGACCGACGCAUGCCUUCGUGCUUUACCACUGUUAUGCGAAUGUGAUGUAAAUGGUGC